UGCGCAGGGGGAGGGGCCCGAGUCCUCCUUUUCAACCUUGUCCCGGCUCCGGCCUUUCAGGCUCCCAAUCUGACAGAACACCGGCUCCAAGUACAAGUCGCUCCUCCUCCUCCCGCUAACCGGACUGACCGCACACCGCCCGGCCAUGUCUCUUAUCACAGCUAGCCGCCUGUGCGCCCGCAUCAUCGGAGCCAAGAACUCCCCUUGUGUACUGAUUGCUGCGCGACAAGCAAGCACUGCUACGAACCUUAAGGAUGUCCUGUCAGAUCUCAUUCCCAAAGAACAAACCAGAAUCAAGAACUUCAAGCAGCAACAUGGCAAGACUGUCAUCGGUCAGAUCACUGUGGACAUGGUUUAUGGGGGCAUGAGAGGAAUGAAAGGAUUAGUCUAUGAAACAUCUGUGCUUGAUCCUGAUGAGGGCAUCCGUUUCCGUGGCUACAGCAUCCCUGAAUGCCAGAAGUUGCUUCCCAAGGCACCAGGAGGAGAGGAGCCACUACCCGAGGGUCUCUUCUGGCUCUUGGUGACUGGAGAGGUGCCCACCCAAGAGCAGGUCAGCUGGAUUUCUAAGGAAUGGGCUAAGAGAGCUGCCCUGCCUUCUCACGUAGUGACCAUGCUUGACAACUUUCCCACCAACUUGCACCCCAUGUCCCAGUUUAGCGCAGCCAUUACCGCCCUAAACAGUGAGAGCAACUUUGCACGAGCCUAUGCUGAAGGUGUCAACAGAUCCAAGUACUGGGAGCUGAUAUAUGAAGACUCUAUGGACUUGAUUGCCAAACUUCCCUGUGUGGCUGCUAAAAUCUACCGUAACCUCUACCGUGAGGGAAGCAGCAUUGGAGCCAUUGAUUCCAACCUUGACUGGUCCCAUAACUUCACAAACAUGCUGGGAUACACAGAACCAGAGUUCACAGAACUUAUGAGGCUUUAUCUCACAAUCCAUAGCGAUCAUGAAGGAGGCAAUGUUAGUGCACACACCAGUCAUUUGGUGGGCAGUGCCCUCUCCGAUCCUUACCUUUCCUUCUCGGCAGCCAUGAAUGGACUGGCAGGCCCUCUUCAUGGACUGGCUAAUCAGGAAGUUCUUGUGUGGCUGACAAGCCUGCAGAAAGAUUUAGGAGGGGAAGUGUCUGAUGAGCAGCUGAGAGACUACAUCUGGAACACUUUGAACUCUGGCAGGGUGGUUCCUGGCUAUGGUCAUGCUGUGCUGAGAAAGACUGAUCCUCGAUACACGUGCCAGAGAGAGUUUGCUCUGAAACACUUGCCCAACGAUCCCAUGUUUAAACUGGUGGCUCAGCUUUAUAAGAUUGUUCCUAAUGUGUUGUUGGAGCAGGGCAAAGCAAAGAACCCAUGGCCUAAUGUGGAUGCUCACAGUGGAGUCCUACUGCAGUAUUAUGGCAUGAAGGAGAUGAAUUACUACACAGUACUUUUUGGGGUGUCAAGAGCACUGGGUGUUCUUGCUCAGCUCAUCUGGAGCAGGGCUCUUGGAUUCCCACUUGAGAGGCCCAAAUCCAUGAGUACAGAUGGUCUUAUGCAACUGGUGGGAACAAAGUCUGGUUAAUCCCAAUGGAAAGAGUGGCCUCAGCCCCUGUGCUGAGAGUUUAUUCAAAAGACAGUUCACCUUUUGUUUCAACAGACUGCUUUGCACCCCACCAUUUUUCUGAGCGCUGACAAGAAAACAAAUUCUGGUUAUUUAUGCUAAAAACACAUUUUUUACCCUGUAUUACUUCCCUUCAAGGCUGGGAGAUCAACUUUGAUUUAUCGAUCAGAAAACCCAUUCUUAUCAGACACACAGAGAGCUUGGCCGUGAAAGCUGCGCUGCAUAUUUUACCCUAUUUCAUAUCUGAAAGUAUUUCUUUCUACUUAUUUAUAAAUCUGAUAGAUACAAACCUUUUCAGAAUUUUUUUUUUUUGCGUGUAUACCAUGUUAUCACACGUUGAGACCCAGCCAAUAGAUAUACUGUGAGGAAGCUUUAUCUUCUAUUGUGAUCUAUUACAGUUCUCUAAACUGUGCUAUAGACUGCAGCUGGUUGAGUUCUCUUAAAUGGGCUUAAAUAGGAUGUUUUGGCAUAACUCUGGCUAUCAAGAGAGUACAAGCUGCUCUAAUAGACAGGCCUACAAAGUAUUAAAAUAAAUUGAUAAGAUGCAUAAAAAGAAAUGUAAUGUUACCAGAAAUAUAAGUGGUACAUGUCUGGCAGUGUUUUGGGCCUAAAUAAUAUGUAGGGAUGCACAUUAUCAUUUGGCCACUUUGGUUCAUUACUGUCAGGGGGAGACAUUUUUGUUUGACUACAGAAGAACGGACUUUUUUUUUUUUCUUAAAUCCUUUUCCUCAGUUUGGUUUUUAAGCAGGAUCUGUCCAGGAGCAAUAUUUUUGUUGUGGGUACCUGCAGCUUUUAUUUAGUUUUUUUUUUGGGUUUUUUUCUCGCUCUUUCUCAAAUGAAGCUUUUACUUUUAUCAGUUUUGCCAGAGUUUGUUUUAUAUGUGUAAAUUCCUGGUAAAUACCAUGUGUGAGGGAGCGAUUUUCUUUUUAUUCUUGUUUGUAUGUUAAAAGGUAAAGCCACUGUGAUGAAUUGGUUGAUUUUUAUGAGACCAUGUUUCCCCAAGAGUAAGAGCUGCUUUUGCCCCUACUUUUUUGAUGUCUGUACUUAUUUGCUUGUCACUGUCCAGCAUCACCCAAAUUAUUUUGGUGAAAAAGACGAUUGGUGCGCUUCCAGAUAAAUUGGUUACAUGUGUCACUAGCUAGAUUGAAUGAAUUCAGAGUGUUUAUGCUGCUGAAAUGUUCAAACAUGUGAUGAAUUUGUAUCAGUUUGGCUCCGCAGCUAGUCUCAUUGUCCGAGAAAAGAGCAACCACCAUAACCCAAGUUUAGUUUGUAAUCUUCCUCUAAAUAUUCUUUCAAAAAGAAAGAAAGGGAACCAGUUAUUAUAUUUUUUUUGGCUCACUGGUAAAUACACUCCUCCACAUCUACUGACUGCAUAAUACCUCCUACCCUUGUCCGUACAGAAACUAAAAUGCCAGCAAAGGCUGUGGAAAUUAUGAAUGUUCCAAAUCACAGUAUACUUAAGGUUGUUCUGUAUAAAGGCAAAAUAAAUGUUUUUAUUAACUACACAA